CAGGACUCGAGGACUGCAUUUCACCUAGAAAGCCGGGAGUCGCGUCCCUGCACCGAAACUUCAGUAGCCAGGGCUGCGCCAGAGGUAGCUGAUGCUGAGUGGGCAGCUGGUCAGACGCAACUUCUCCAUGGCCGGCCGCGUCUGUCUGUCCCGGGGCAGCGCGGGAUCCGGGACCAUAGGUCCCGUCGAAGCCGCCAUUCGCACGAAGUUGGAGCAGGCCCUGAACCCCGAAGUGCUGGAACUGCGUAACGAGAGCAGCGGCCACGCGGUCCCAUCGGGCAGCGAGACGCACUUCCGCGUGGCGGUGGUGAGCUCUCGCUUCGAGGGACUGAGCCCCCUGCAGCGGCACCGGCUGGUCCACGCUGCGCUGGCCGAGGAGCUAGCUGGGCCAGUCCACGCGCUGGCCAUACAGGCGCGGACCCCUGCCCAGUGGAGGGAGAACCCUCAGCUGGAUACGAGCCCCCCAUGCCUGGGAGGGAGCAAGAAAACUCGAGGAACCCCUUGAACCCCAAGAGAGCAUCAGGAUCCAAAUGGGUUGGGUGAGAGUAAACUGCUGGGGCCUUCUUCCCUUAAGUACAGUCCAAUAUUUGUAAGGGAUGAGGACCAGUGGACCCUCGCUUAACUGGCACAUACAUUAUUCUCCGGAGAUAGCAACUCAUUGCAGAUCAAAGCUAACUCAAGAGUAGAAUCAUUCAUUCCAUUUGCCCUGGACUAUUCCGGAAAAACUGCCCAGUCAUUUCAUGUUAAAUUGUGACUAAGGAACCACCAGAUCAGAUGAGUUGGAAAUAAUCCUGUACAUUAAAAGGGAAAUUAUCAUAU